AAAACUCAAACUCCCACAAUUCCUUGCUCCUUCAGCCGCAGGCAAAGUGGCACGGAAGCUAUAGUAAUUUUCAAGCAUGGCAGCCUUCUGUGCCGCACGGGGUGUAUUUAGAUUAUUUUCGUUGUUAAGAAAUGUCGACUCAUGUUCUGCAACGCAGAUCGCUUAUGCGAGAAGAAUGCUGUGCAGCUCACCCUCUGAUAAAGGAGAUGACGACAUUGCGACGGUGCAGUUUUCCGAUGAAAAAGUGCAGGACAUCCUCAUCAGAAUCACCGGGAUGGACCUGCAGAAGAUAUUUCGACCCGUUAAGGAGGAGUUAAAGCCACCGACAUACAAGCUCAUGACAGAUCAACAGCUAGGGGAGGCCAGGCAGAAGGCGAUUGAGGAGGCUAAACUGAAGCUGAAGAUGCCCCCGGUCCUGCCUGAGCGAAAGCCCAUCAAUGACAUCCUGUCACAGGACAAGUUCUUAGCCGGCAUGGAAACAGCCAAGUAUGUUUUCACUGACAUUACCUUCCAGACUCCUCACAGAGAACGUUUUGUGGUGGUCCGGGAGCCAGAUGGAACUUUGCGUAAGGCUUCAUGGGAGGAACGGGAGAGGAUGAUUCAGGUCUACUUCCCUAAACCAGGCAGAAAGCUCACACCUUCCCCCAUUUUCCAGGAAGGAAACCUCAAGGUUGUGUACCAGCAAGACCGCCACGAAGACCUUCUGGACCUUUGCAUCGCCCAGUUCGAACCCGAUUCCUCUGAGUACCACAAGGUGCACCGGCUCGCCUACGAGGACAUUGAUAAAAGGGCCAAGUACGAGCUCCUGCGCUCCAGCCGUCACUUUGGCAGCCUGGUGUGGCACCUGGUGAUGGUGCGGCGUGUGGACGGCCUGCUGGUGGAUAUGCUGCAGAGGGAGCUCAUAAACGAGGCAGUGAGCCUGGUCACUCUCUUCCACAUGGUUCACCCUCGGAGCGAGUCGGCCAAAGAAGCGGGCCGUCUGGAGGCCAAGGGCGUCGAACUCCUUAAGGUCUACGCCAGCACGGAGUCUCAGCGGGGGGGUUACAUCGAGCUAGCCCUGCAAGCCCAUCAGCAGAUGCUACAGGAGAACGCCUUGUAAGCCACCCAGUGUAGGCAAGAUGGGUGCCAUAAGAUGCCACUGGUCUGCUUGUGGUGACACAGGAUCCAUCCUCCUGCUGUGUGACACUGAUGGACACGUCGUGAGCCUGCGUACCCUGUAGCAGGGACCUGGGUGACCUUUGCCCUGUUGUCCUCUUGGAUUUGCAAGUGCGACCCUGACCUUGUAGGGUGUGUUUUGUCUAGCAUUGUUCCAGGAUGGGCUCCUGUGUUUGUAAAUAAAGAUGUUGAUGCUUCGUUUCACCAGU